AUGGCUAUUCACCCCAGACUACACCCGGACGCCUCACAGGGCAGUCUGUCGCCACAGCAGACUUUGGCCAUCUCCGCGUGGACCGAACAGGCGGUCGCCUCCUUGCAGGACCUCACCCUCGCCGAAAACGCCGUUCGAGCCGAUCCGACAGCAACGCCCUCCCGAAGCACUCUGCGCGGGACGACGGUGUCUUUGUCCAUUCCGAUCGACGACCAGAUCCCGGCGGCUUCGGCGGAUCGCAACGGCGCAAGCGAGUCCCGUCCUCCAACGGUCAGCUUCCGGCGCCGCGAGCCUCUGCGUCGGGAUAGUCUAAAGCGGCGUGAGGCUCUGCUCAAGGGAAAGGAUGGAAGCCGUAGGCGACAACGCUGGGAAAAUGACCGCCUGCUCAAUAACCCGUGGGCUGAGCCUCCCUCGCCGCAUGACUGGACCAUCCAACCUACAUAUCCUCGCCAUGACCCGAUGCCAUAUUACCUCGCUCCGCUCUGGGACAAGCACUAUGCGAAGAUGGCGGAUCAUCACUCUGCUCGCAAGAACACCCAUACUCCCGCAAAGCAUCGGAUCCCCAAAGACCUGCGUGUGAAGAUCAAACAUGCCCGUGCUGCGCGUGGCAUGCUGCAAGAUCUGGAGGAUGAUAUCCGCCUGUUUAUCCGUCAGUGGAAUGAUCGGCAGGUCUUCCUAGCCAGCGAAGGACUGGCCGAUGUGUCCGAGACCGAGGUGGAAGAUUCGGAGGAUGAAAUUGUUUUCGUCGGCCGGAAUGGCCAGAUGCAUGAUGCUCCAGAGCGACAGCUGAAACUCCAGCAGAUGCGGGAGCAAAUGAGUCAGCAUCAUGAGCGAGACGGGGAGAAGAUGGUGUUUGAGAGUCUGGUCGAGGAUCGAUCUGCUGGCUUUGGACGCUGGCUCGUUCACUCCAUCGCCUCCUACUACGGCCUCCAUACCUGGUCCGUCACCGUAGGAGAGCCGGCCCGCCGAGAGGCGUAUGUGGGCUUCCGUCUUCCAGUCCCAGGAACUCGAGCUGGUCUUGUCACUCAUCAAGCCUGUCUGGCCGAGGAGCUGAUCAAGCCCGGAGAGGAACUCCCGCAGCCUCUGUAUGCCCAGGUUUGA